UGGCCCUGGCGGAGGCACAGUCCGGGGCGCCAGACGUCCGCCCCACACCCGGGGUCCGCGGCGCCAGCAGCCGCCAGGCGGGGAGCUCGGGGCGCUGCCUCCCGCUCCCUCCGCCUCCGGGAUGCUGCAGCACUCCGGCACCUCCACGCCCUUCUCCGUGGACGACAUCCUGCGGCUGGAGCGGGAGCAGAUUGGCCUAGCGGCCUUGCAGCUCCGGGGGGCCCAGGGGAGCCCCGAAAGCUCUCAGUAUCUGCAACUGGUCCCGGACCCGCGAGGAUCGGAGGUUCCCAGCGCUGGAGAGAGGUGGCUGGACGGGCCGGAGCCUCCAGGGGAUCCCAGUGAGCGCAUUGCAGACAUGGACGCGGAGCGGGUGGAGCCCGGCCUGCGCGCAGCCUCGCCUCCCGGCGGCGGGCCCCGGGGACCGGAGCGCGGCGGCGGCGGCGGCGGCGGCGGCGGAGGUGACCGGGCGCGCGGGGCGGGCGCCGGGCAGGCGCGGGCGCGGCGGCGGCGGCGGCCGCGGGUGCUGUUCUCGCAGGCGCAGGUGCUGGCGCUGGAGCGGCGCUUCAAGCAGCAGCGCUACCUGUCGGCGCCGGAGCGCGAGCACCUGGCCAGCGCGCUGCAGCUCACGUCCACGCAGGUGAAGAUCUGGUUCCAGAACCGGCGCUACAAGUGCAAGCGGCAGCGGCAGGACAAGUCCCUGGAGCUGGCCGGCCACCCGCUGGCGCCGCGCCGGGUAGCGGUGCCCGUGCUGGUGCGGGACGGCAGGCCCUGCCUGGGCCCCGGCGCGCCCGCCUUCCCGGGCCCCUACGCCCCCGCCGCUGCGCCCUACGCCUGCUACGGCGGCUACGCGGGCGGAGCGCCCUACGCGGCGGGCUUCGGCGGGGGCUACGCGGGCGCGCCCCCGGGCCCCGCUCCGCCCGCGCCCCUGGCCGGCCUGGGCCUCGGCGGGGGUGGCCAGAGCGGCAGCGCGCAGGGCCCUCUGCCCGCCCCGCUGCAGGGGGUCCCGGCCUGGUGAAGCGCCCUGGCCCCGGCACACCCACCGAGGCCGGGCGGAGGCUCCGUCCAGCUGCCCGCCGCCUAACGGUCUCAGCGGAGAAGAUGGGCCGCCGCGCUGGAGGGAAGAGGCAACCCGAAUGGCGCUCCCGGCUACAGCGAUCUCGGGGACACUGGCUCGCCCCCGGGAGCCUGGGCCUGAAGGCCCUGGGAGCGUUCUUCCCGCUCAGAGACAGAAAAACGCGGGCCGGAGGAGGAGAGCAAGGGUGGGGCGGGGGGGGGCAGUUUGGGGCGGCAGGGCCCAGCUGAGGAAGGUGUCGUCGGGGCUGGAAGGUGGUUUAUGUGCUGCAGCCUGGGCAUUCGGAGGGCCUGGGUCCCCCAGUGAAGGGCGGCAGGUGGGGGAAGAAUGAGAAAGUUGUGCGAAGGAAAGGGAGUGGGGAACCGGCCAGGAAAAGGAGAACCCAGGGGAUCAGGAAGAGAGGCUCCUAUAGGAUUUAAGCCCCCCACCCCACCCCCACCUCCUUCCCAGCUGCGCUCCUAGAGACUCGGAUUUACGCAGUGGAGCGCUCUUUUCUGGGGGAGCAUCCUCCGGCUCUUCCCUCCGUGUCAGUGCAUUUCUCUCUUGUAUACAGCUCAGCAUCUUGAGGAAAUACAUGAAAUACAAUAUAUUCCUGUUCGCGUGUGUGUAAGCCAUUAGCAUCUAUCCACCUGAACAACUUGGAAUUAAAGUAAAGAUGAAACCCCCAAGUCCUUGGUGUCUACAGACUCGCUGGGGACCAAACUGGAGUUGGCCCUGGAGCCAGGUGCCCUGAGGCCCCCCUCCCGCCGCCUCUGCCUCCGCAGGUUUUCUUCCAGAGCAACAGGUUUCCACGUUCCAACCGGGAAGGAGGCUCCCCUUGGCCUUGAGUCCCCACAGGAGGGGGGAGAGCCUGAACUUUAGGGGAAAGUCCGACUCCCCUGGACCCAGCCCUGUCUGAAGUCAUGCAAACUGAAGACCCCAAACAAACUAAAUGUAUUCAUGGGGACAUUUGUCUUUGGCAGGCACUGGUACAGAAAGCAGGAUUUUUAAAAAAUAACAUCGUUAGCCAAUGAAAACUCUGGUUCUUCAUCCCCCGGACCACUAACUUGUCAAAAGUUAAAGUGUAUUAUUUAAUAAAUUCUGAGGCUUAAUUAAAACGCAACGCGGCCCUGCAUUUUCUCACUUAUGAAUGUGCCUGGUUGUUUUUACUGACCUGGGAA